UCAACAAUUGAAGUUGUGCGAGCAAACGGUGAUUAUCGUCCAAACGAGCGCAACUGCAUGUCGUCCAUCAUGGCUGAGAAACUAACGAACAACAGCAAAACUGUUUAUAAACCCAAGUUUCCCCCUAUAAAGGAACGUAAUAGAAUAGCUACUGAACAACCAGAAAUACGCAAAAUUCCAGUGCCUGCCAAUCGAUAUACUCCAUUGAAACAGUCUUGGUUAAAGAUAUAUGAGCCUUUAGUGAAGCAUCUCAAACUACAAGUCAGAAUGAAUUUGAAGUCAAGAAUGGUGGAACUCAAGAACGGCCCAGAAACCGACGACUAUGGAGCUCUCCAAAAAGGAGAAGAGUUUGUUCGGGCAUUCCUUGUUGGAUUUCAAGUUUCCGAUGCCUUGGCGUUGAUUCGUUUGGACGACUUGUUUCUGGAUACGUUUGAAAUUCGUGAUGUGAAACCUCUACACGGAGACCACCACUCUCGAGCUAUUGGUAGAGUUGCUGGAAAAGAUGGAAGAAUGAAGUUUACAAUAGAGAAUGCAACAAAGACUCGAAUAGUAUUGACUGAUACUAGAGUGCAUAUAUUAGGCUCAUAUCAGAACAUUCAGUUUGCAAAGAAUGCCGUCGUCAGUCUUAUUCUCGGUUCUCCACCUGGAAAAAUACACAAUAAACUUCGGACCAUUGCAGCUAGACUGAACGAACGUUUUUGAAUGUCCAAAACUGCAAAGUUGUCCACGUGAGAAAUGUUUACGUCAAAUUCUCAAUGGAAGCAUUUUCGCUUGGUGAGCCGAUGUGUUUUCUACCACCGAUAGCAUUAGAAUAUUGGUUUGGUUUGGUUUAAAAAAAAG